GCGGUUACGCAUGUACAGCUGGGGGAGGUUGUAAAUUCAACAAAUUUACAACUUUCUGAGACAAUGUCUUUCAGAUCUAUCUCUGAAUCAGAAACCUAUAAAUACCUUGGUAUGUCACAGUCGUUAGGUAUUGAGGGCGAGGGUAUUAGACGGUCGGUGAAGGAGCGCUUUUUCAGUCGGCUCACAAAAGUCCUUAACAGUCUUUUGUCAGGAGGCAACAAAGUGCGCGCCUUCAACGCCUGGGUUAUGCCCUUACUCAUAUACUCCUUUGGCAUACUAAGGUGGACUCAGACCGAGCUGGACGCCCUAGAUCGGAGGGUCCGUCUAAUGCUCACUACACACCGUAUGCUACACCCACGCUCGUCAGUUAUGAGAUUGUACAUCCCACGGAAUGGCAGUGGACAGGAACUUCACGCCGCUCUCCUUGGCAAACGAGAACUGGCACAAACCUGUGGUACAAAGUACUGCGGGCCGCAGGGCGGUAUGGGAGAGUAAGGUGCUACACGGGCGGUUCUACAAGGCCCUCAUGGGACCCGAUGUAGACCUGCUCGCGUCGGUGAACUGGUUACGAUUCGGGGACCUCUUCGGAGAAACCGAGGGUUUUGCCUGUGCAAUUGCGGACGAAGUUAUGAUGACGAACAACUAUCGGAAAUAUAUCCUGAAGGACGGUACGGUCGACAUUUGUCGGGCAUGCCGCCGUCCCGGAGAGUCACUCAGGCAUAUCAUUUCCGGUUGUUCUCAUCUUGCUAACGGCGAGUACUUACACAGACAUAAUCUCGUAGCCAGGAUUAUUUACCAGCAGCUUGCUCUUCUAUACGGCCUUGUGGACCGUGAAGUACCGUACUACAAGUAUUUACCUGUGCCAGUUCUCGAGAAUGGUCGUGCCACGCUCUAUUGGGAUCGAUCUAUCAUCACUGACAGGACUAUUGUAGCCAAUAAGCCUGACAUUGUGAUAAUAGAUCGAUCGCAGCGCCGGGCCGUGCUCGUCGAUAUCACCAUCCCCCAUAAUGAGAAUCUCGUGAAAGCCGAGAAGGAUAAGUCCAGUAAGUACCUAGACUUGGCUCACGAGAUAACCGCCAUGUGGGAUGUUGAUUCGACGAUCAUCGAUAGUCGUUUCAGCGAACGGUCUCAUAGCGAAGAGUCUCGACCAACACCUUAAGAGACUCUCGCUAGGUGGUUGGAUCAAGGGUCAGAUGCAGAAGGCGGUGAUCUUGGACACGGCGCGGAUAGUCCGCCGGUUCCUCUCUCUGCGGCCCUGACCACCGGCAGCUUGGGCCCUAUCCCGCUGCUGGCGGCACCCUAGGUUAGGUUUUUUAUAAUGUGUUUAUAUAUUUUUUGUAAUGUUUUGUAAGU